ACCGCAGCAACAGCAGCAGCAGCAUUCACAUCUCACUGCAACUCGGGCAACUGUCGUCGCGUUUUUGCCCUUGCUGCACUCGUGCACACAAGAUCAGGAACCACAAGCAGUGCAGACAUCAACACCCUGCAAGCGGGCAAGUGAGCGAGUAAGCGAGUGAACGAUGGCUGGCCGCUUGCGUGCAAUCGCUGCGGUUGCCACGGCUGCUGGCGCAGCUGUGUUUGGGACGAUGGCCGCAACACGCGCACCACCGCCCGCAACCGUCACCCCGCCGGGAUCGCCCCUGAACCUGCCCUCACGCAAGAAGCAGUGGGAGGAUCUCCAGUCCCAGGAGUACGACAUCCUUGUGAUUGGAGGCGGUGCCACCGGUAGCGGCGUUGCUUUGGAUGCGGCAUCUCGAGGGCUUCGGGUUGCACUUGUUGAGCGGGACGACUUCUGCUCCGGCACCAGCAGCCGCAGCACCAAGCUCAUCCACGGCGGCGUCCGUUACCUGGAGAAGGCAAUCAUGCAAUUGGAUAUGGAACAGUACAACAUGGUGCAAGAGGCGCUGCGUGAGCGGGAGACGCUUCUGCGCAUUGCACCGCACGUCGCACGCGAGCUGCCCAUCCUCGUCCCAAUCUACAGGUGGUGGGAGCUGCCAUACAUGUACGCCGGCCUGAAGAUGUACGACUUUAUUGCGUGGCUGUCCAAGAAGAAGGAGGACAAGGGCGUGAGUGGCUGCUACAUGCUGGGCAGGGACGCUGCCAUGGCCGCAUUUCCACAGCUCAACACCGCCAGUCUCCGUGGCGCAAUUGUCUACCACGACGGACAACACGAUGACGCCGCAAUGGGACUCGCCGUGGCGCUGACUGCGGCCAAGGAGGGCGCAACCGUGCUGAACCACGCCGGCGUCGUUGAGCUGGUGAAGCAACGGGUCGGAGAGGAUGUUCCGGACAGGAUUAUUGGCGCCCGCGUCCGUGACGAGCUCACAGGGGAAGAGGCAACGGUGCACGCCAAGUGCGUCAUCAACGCGACCGGCUGCUUUACGGACGAGGUGUUGAAGAUGGACAACCCAAAGCAGGACGAUGUUGUGGUGCCGAGUCAGGGCAUCCACGUCGUCCUCCCAAGCAGAUUCUGCCCACGGGAUGUGGGGAUGCUUGAGCCGAGCUCGAGCGAUGGCCGCGUGCUGUUCUUCCUUCCGUGGGAGGGGCGUGUUGUUGCCGGCACCACGGACUCAGCAUCACACGUGAGCAGAAACCCAAAGCCAAACCAGAAGGACGUGGACUUUAUUAUUCGCGAACUUAACAAGAAACUCUCCCCCGACGUACAGAUCCAGUCGUCGGACGUGCGCGCCGCGUGGAGUGGUCUUCGCCCGCUCGUCAAGAAACCUGACUCCACCAACACGGAAUCGCUGCCACGGACGCAUUUCGUGCACGUGUCGUCAUCGGGACUCGUCACUAUUGCCGGAGGAAAGUGGACGACGUACCGUCAGAUGGCGGAGGACGCGGUUGAGGCUGCACUGAAGGAGCGCCAGGACAUCAAGCCAUCCUCCCCGUCCCGCACCCGCGAAAUUUUCCUUGUUGGUGGAGAGCGGUUCACGCCAACGCUCGCCCACCGCCUCGUUGCACUCUACAACAUCGACAUUGAGGUUGCAACGCACCUCGCCACCCGUUACGGCGACAAGGCGUUUGCCGUUCUGGACAUCGACCCGCAGCCAAAGCUCCUUGUUGACGGCUUUCCGUACAUUGAGAAUGAAGUUGUGUACACGACGCGCGCAGAAUACGCACGCACGCCGGAGGACGUACUUGCGCGGCGGCUUCGUCUAGCGUUUCUGGACAAUGAGGCGUCGCACGCCGCCCUCGGUCGCGUCACACAGCUCAUGGCAAAGGAGCUUGGGUGGAGUGCAGCGGAUGCGAAGCGCCACAAGAAGGCGUGCGAGGACUUCCUGGACACCAUGAUUGUCACUCCGCAUGAUCAAGCAGUCGCACCACCGCCGCCACCGCCACCUGCUGCUGCUUCUGCUGCCGUCUGAUUGUGGUGUUGCUUGCGUUGAUGCUUGUUGUCCUGUUUGUUGUUCUGUUUGUUGUUCUGUUUGUUGUUCUGUUGCAUUACGUGUAUGUUGCACUGCUGCGUUGGUGCUGCUCUUGAUGUCACGUGUUUUGACUGUGUAGGUGGAGUGAUGCUGCACAGCAUCCCUCUCUCUGUCUCUGUCUGUCUGUCUCUCUGUGUGGCAAUGGCCUGUUGGGUGAAGGAGACACAUUGAACACUUCAAUUCACGACCAAAUACACCACGACCUGCAC